AUGGGUCGCAUUCAGGAAGUAGGCUGGGUGACUGCAGGACUGGUGAUCUGGGCUGGUACCUGCUAUUACAUUUAUAGAUUAACCACAGGAAGAGCCCAGAGUAUGAGGAGACUUGCCAGCAAUGGGUCUAGAGUCAAGAUGGAAACUGUGGCUGGUGUACAGACCCAGACCUUGGCUACGAGUGAAGCCAUGGAUGGGACAGAGAUUGAGACUAGAUCCAAGGUCAAGACUGGAGCAGAAACUGGAACAGGAGGUGGGGCUGGGGCUGAUAUAGAGAUGGAGGCCACUGCUAGAGGCAGACCCAAAGCCAACUCUCAGGCCAAGGCAAUGGUUGGGGCAGAGGCAGAGGUCCAAUCUGAGGUCAAAACAAUGGCUAUGACAGAGGCAGUGACUCUGGCUGAAACCAAAGUCAAAGCCAAGGAAAUGGCCAUGAAAGAGGCAGUGACUCAAACUGACUCUGAGGCUGAGAGAGUAGUCAAGAAAGAAGCAGUGACCCAGACCAAAGCUAAAGCUUGUGGACUAUUUGCCAGGGCAGAGGCCAAGAAAGAAGCAAUGACCCAGACCAAAGUGGAAGCUCAUAUAUUUGCUGAAAAAGAGACAGAGAUGAACAGAGUACUGGUGACACAGAAUGAGGCCUUGGCAAUAACCAGGGAAGUAGCCAAGAUGAAUGCCAUAAACAAGACUGGAAUUGUGGCUGAGACCAAAGCAAGAGCCCUGGAAGAGACUAUGAAUGUGGCCAAGACUCAGUCUGAGGCAAGGUGUGGUACCACAGUUGAUGCUAAGGGAAAUCUUAAUACCAUGUCUAGGGCAGGAGCUGGAAUGGAUAUAAGGUCUUAUGCACCAUCUCAGGCUGUGGCCAAGAUCCAGGUUGAUGAGAUGCCUUGUGCUGGGCUUGAAGACAAGGGAAAUUGCAAAAUUAUGUAUCAAGCAGAGUCUGGGGAAGACAUGAAGACUUCUGCCCAAUCUCAGAUUAUAACCAAGGUUCAGGCUGAGACCAUGACUGGGGUAAGGGUUGAUGCUGGGGGUAAUACCAAUGCCAUGUACAAGGCAGGAACAGAGAUAGAUAUGAGAGCUUCUACACAACAUCAGACUAUGACCAAGAAACAGGUUGAGGCAAUGUCUGAUGCCAGGGUUGAUGAAAGGGGAAAUACCAAUGUCACAACUAGGGCAGUGACUGGAGCUCACAUGGAGACUGUUUCUCAGCCUAAGACUAUGCCUGAUGCCAGGGUUAAGGAUAGAGACAAUUCUAAUGCCAUGUCUAAAAUGGGGGCCAAGGCAAACCUGAAGGUCAAUUCUCAGGUUGAGGCUUUGCCUGAUUCCAGAGUUCAGACCAGGGGUAAUCCCAAUGCCAUUUCUAAGUUAGGGGUUGGAACAGAUAUGUUGUCCUGUAUACAACCUCAAUCUGUGGCCAGUGUCCCAGGAGAUGCCUUGCCUGAUGGUAAGAUUAAUGCUAAAGGCAAUGCCAACACAAUGUCUAAGGAAGGGGCUGGGACAGACACAAAGGCACAGUCUCAGGCUUUUGCCACAAGCCAGGCUGAAGCCUUACCUAGUACUAGAACUAAGGCUAGGGGCAAAGCCAAAGGCAAAAGAAAGGCCAGGGUCAGGACAGACACGAAAACCUAUGCACAGCCUCAGGGUGGGGCCAAGUCCCAAGCUGAUGACAGAGGAGACCCUGAUGCCAUUUCUAUGGCAGGGGCUAAGGCAGAAAUGAGGCCCUGUGGUCAGCCUCAGGUUGUGUCAAAUUCUCAAGGUGAAGCCUUGCCCGGUGCCAGGAAUAAGGUCAGAGGCAAACCCAAUGUUGUGUCUAAGGCAGGAGCUGAACCAGAUAAAACAGACUCUGUUCAGCACCAGGCUGUAGUGAGUUCCCUGGGUGAGGCCUUAUCUAGUACUAAGAAUAAGAUCAAGGGCAAUUCCAAUGCUGUGUCUGUAACAGGGGCUGUGCCAGAUGCAAAGGGCCCUGCCCCACCCCUGGGUAUGGCCAUUUCUCAGGGUGAGGCCUUGCCUGGUGACAAGAAUAAGGUCAAGGGCAAUGCUAAUGCUGCAUCUAAGGCAGGAGGUGGGCCAGAUACAACUGGCUCUGACCAGUUCCAGACUAUGACUAAUUCUCAGGGUGAGGUCUUACCUGGUACUAAGAAUAAGGUCAGGGAUAAUCCCAAUGCUGUGUCUAAGGCAGGGGCUGGGCCAAAUACAACGGGCUCUGACCAGCUCCAGACUAUGACUAAUUCUCAGGGUGAGGUCUUACCUGAUACUAAGAAUAAGGUCAAGGAUAAUCCCAAUACUGUGUCUAAGGCAGAGGACCAAACAGAUGCAACAGGCUCUGUCCAGCCCCAGGCUGUGUUUAAUUCCCAAGGUGAAUCCUUACCUGUUACUAGGAAUAAGGUCAAGGGCAAUGCCAAUGCUGCAUCUAAGGCAGGGGCUGGGCCAGAUGCAAUGGACUCUGUCCAGCCCCAAGCUGUGACCAAUUCACAGGGUGAGGCCCUGUGUGUUACUAAGAAUAAGGUCAGGGAUAAUCCCAAUACUGAGUCUAAAGCAGAGGCCAGAGCAGAUGCAACCAGCUCUGCCCAGCCCCAGGUUGUAUCUAAUUCCCAAGGUGAGUUAUUGCCUGGUACCACGAAUGAAGUCAAGGGCAAUCCUAGUGCUGUGUCUAAGGCAGGGCCUGGGCCAGAUGCAAUGGGCUCUGUCCAGCCCCAAGCUGUGGCUAAUUCUUGGGGUGAGGCCUUGCCUGGUGCCAAGAAUAAGGUCAAGGGCAAUGCCAAUGCUGCAUCUAAGGCAGGAGGUGGGCCAGAUACAACUAGCCCUGACCAGCUCCAGACUAUGACUAAUUCUCAGGGUGAGGUCUUACCUGAUACUAAGAAUAAGGUCAAGGAUAAUCCCAAUACUGUGUCUAAGGCAGAGGACCAAACAGAUGCAACAGGCUCUGUCCAGCCCCAGGCUGUGUUUAAUUCCCAAGGUGAAUCCUUACCUGUUACUAGGAAUAAGGUCAAGGGCAAUGCCAAUGCUGCAUCUAAGGCAGGGGCUGGGCCAGAUGCAAUGGACUCUGUCCAGCCCCAAGCUGUGACCAAUUCACAGGGUGAGAUGUUGCUUGGUGCAAAGGACAAAGCUAUACCCAAAUCUAAGACAGAAACCACAGAAGAAGGUGCUGUCUAUAAAAAUCCCAAGCCUAAGGCCAUGCUCACUUCUGACAGUGAAGGUGGGACAGGUACUCUGGCCUGUGGAAAGACACAGCCUAAAGUCCAUGACUAUUAUUGGAAUGAAAUUGGUAUUGAAGAUUGGAUUGCCUCUGAGCGAUGGAUCAAAUUUAGGUUUCAGGCCAAGGACGGAUACUGGGAGAAUAGCAUGUCUUGGGUUGAUGAUGAGAAUGAAGCCAGUAUUGAGUCCUGGAGCAGGGCUAGUGAUAAGUCUGGUAUUAGGUCCUGGGCUGGGGCUUGUGAUGAGGCUGGCAUUAAGUCCUGGCCUUGGGCUAGGGAUGAGAAUAAGGUUGGUAUUGAAUCCUGGGAUAGAUCUGAGGACCAGGCCAGUGGGGAUCUCUGGACUAGGAACAAGGCCAUUAGAAGGUCCCGGACUGGGGCUGAGAACCAGGUCAGCGGAGGGUCUUGGGUUGGCACUAAGGACAAGGUUAUUGGGGAACCCUGGACUGGAGAUCAGAUUAGUGAGGGUUCCCAGGCUGGGGGCCAAGCCAGUGAGGUGUCCUGGGUUGGGGAAGAGGCAAUUGGAGGGUCCUGGACAGUGGCUGAGAACAAGGCCAAUGGAGGGUCCUGGCCUGGAGUUCAAAAGCAGGCUAGUGGAAGGUCCCUGGAUGGGGAUAGGAUUCAGGCAAAUGGAGGUUCCUGGACUGAGACUAGGGCUAGAAAUGUGGCUAGUAUUGGCGACUGGGCUGGCACUGUGGACAAGGCUAUUGGAGAGUCCUGGGUUGGGACUGGCGAUCCACUUGGUGGUAGAUCCAAGCCUGAUAAUCAGGCUAGUGAAAAUAUAUCCUGGGCUGAGGCUGGUGACCAGGGCAGUGGAAGGUCUAGGUUGGGGUCUGAGGACCAGUCCAGUGAAAGACCCUGGGCUGACACUGCAGAUCAAGCCAGUGGAGUGUCCACGCUGGGGCCUGUGGACCAGUCCAGGAGUGGGUCCUGGGCUACGACUGGGGAACAGGCUGAUGGAGGGUCUAGGCCAGGGCUUGUGGACCAGUCCAAUGUUCAGUCCUGGGCUGGCACUGGAAAGGAAGCUAGUGGAAGGUCCUGGGUUGGGGCUGGAGAUCAGGCAGGUAGCUGUUCCAAACCUGAAUUUGAGGGUCAGGCCAGUGGAGGAGGCUUCCGAGCUGGCACUAGGAAUCAAGCUGGUAGAAAAUCCUGGGCUGGGUCUAGUCUGGGACCUGAAAGUCAGACAAGUGGGGGGUCCUGGGCUAGGACUAGGGACCAGGCCAGUGGAAGGUCCCAGGUCAGUGCUGGGGUGGAGGACAAUGAAGGAUACUGGCUUGGGGCUGGGAUUGAAGCUAGUACAGGAUCCUGGUUUUGGAGAGGGGAAGAGGCUGGUAUUGUGUCCAGAUCUGGAUAUAAAAAUGAACCCAGUAUUGAAUCCAGAUCAGUGACUGAGGAAGAGAUUAUCAUUAGUUCCAUAUUUGAGGAUGAGGACAAGGCCAGUAUUGGGUCCUGGAGUAGAUCUGAAGAGGAGGCCUUUAUGGAUUCCUUUGUGGGGGCUGAGGCCAGGAAAGAGUCUUGGCUCUGGGAUGAAGAUACAACCACUUCAGGGUCUAGGCUUGGGGCUGGGGAAGGGCCUGGCAUGAGGUCCUGGACUUUGGCUGAGGAUAUAGAUGAAGAUGAACUAAGUAGAGCGUCUAGCCCUGAUAUUGAGGAGAUCAGUUUAAGAUCCUUGUUUUGGACUGAGAGUGAGAACAAUGAGUGCAUAUCCAAGAGUGAGAAAAAUGUCAGUUUUGAGUGUGGGGCUGGAGACAAGGAUAAGCUUGAGGCUGCUGGUGGAGUUGAUAUAAGGUCUUGGUUCAGGGAUAGUAAUGAAAACAGAAGUGGAAACAAAUCUGCACCUAAGACUAAAAAAUCAUCUGAGUCUAGAGGCACAUAUCCGUCCAUGGUUCCUGGGGCAGGAAUGGGAUCAUGGGCAGAAACCAUGAUCUGGACGGAAAUGAAAUAUCCAUACCAAAAUGAACCCUGCUUACUACCUGAAGAUGGCCUCAGAAAGCAGAUCAGGUCCGGGGCGAAAGCUCAGCCCUGGCCUUUCCACUGUAAACACAAAACUAACAUGGAUCCACGAGAGCUUGAAAAACUCAUUUGCAUGAUUGAGAUGACUGAAGAACCUUCUAUUCAUGAAAUAGCCAAUAAUGCUCUAUUUAACAGUCCCGAUUAUCCGUUUUCCCAUGAAGUCAUUCAUAAAGCGGGUGGAAUCUCAAUUAUUGAAAUUUUGCUCAAUAAUCCCCACCCCAGUGUUAGGCAGAAGGCUUUAAAUGCACUAAAUAACAUCUCGGUGGCUGCUGAAGAUCAUAGGAAGGUUAAAACAUACUUAAAUCAAGUAUGUGAAGAUACCGUCACCUAUCCCUUGAUCAAUGUGCAGCUGGCUGGACUAAGAUUGAUAAGGCACCUGACUAUAAUUAGUGAAUAUCAGCAUAUGGUUACAAAUUAUAUUUCAGAAUUUCUUCGUUUGUUAACUGUGGGAGGUAGAGAAACGAAAGAACAUAUUUUGGGUAUGCUUUUGAAUUUCUCUAAAAAUCCAUCUAUGACAAAAGAUUUGCUCAUAGCCAGUGCACCAACAUCAAUAAUUAAUAUUUUUAGCAAGAAAGAGGCAAAAGAGAAUAUUAUUAAUGCUCUUUUACUAUUUGAAAAUAUAAAUGACCAUUUUAAAAGAAGAGCAAGAGUAUUUACCCAGGACAGUUUCAGUAAAAAUUCCCUUUACUUUGUAUUCCAACGACCUAAAGCAUGUGCCAAGAAACUUCGAGUCUUAGCAGCAGAAUACAAAGACCCUGAGGUCAAAAAAAGAGUUGAGUUAUUAUUAAGUAAACUUUAA